CUGGAUGGAGGCGCGACUGUGGUGCGUGGUGUCUAUGGCAUACCGACGGAGUGUUAUGGCGGAAGAUGGGAGUGUGGACAGCUUGGGACAGCUUAUUACUCGCAGUAUCAGAAAAUGAAAAAGGAAUGGAAAAACACAGUAUACUUGGCACGCUCACGUAUUCAGGGUCUAGGACUGUAUGCAUCACGAGAUAUCGAAAUGAAUUCGAUGAUUAUCGAAUACAAAGGCGAGGUCAUACGCAGUGAGGUUGGAGAAAUGCGGGAAAAGAAGUACGAAGGUCAGAAUCGCGGUGUUUAUAUGUUUCGAGUUGAUGAUGAGAGACUCAUUGAUGCGACGAUGGCUGGUGGCCCUGCGCGCUACAUUAAUCACUCGUGUGAUCCAAACUGCAGUACACGAUUGGUUGAUUCAGGCCCUUCCGGGGAUGACAAAAAAAUUAUCAUUAUCGCGAACAGACCGAUCAGUGCUGGUGAAGAGCUGACAUACGAUUAUCAAUUUGAUAUUGAAGAUACAGCGGACAAAAUUCCCUGCUUAUGUGGUGCUCCAAACUGUCAGAAAUGGAUGAAUUGA